AGAAGAAACUUAAUUCCAUUGUAAUAGACCAUGCUAUGAUUGGUCGCAUUUGCUGCUUGCCAACACAGACAAGGAGCAUUCAAAGAGCCGAUUCGUCUCAUGUUCUUACCAAUUUUGUUGUUGGGAGGGACAGAGACAGGGACCACAUUGUAAGCAUGAUGUCUGAGGACUCCGAGGCAGUGGCUUCAAAGACCCUCUCUAUUUCCUCCAUUGUUGGGAUAAGUGGAAUAGGGAAAACAGCAUUGGCUUGGUAUGUAUAUAAUGAUGAGAGGAUGAAGCGUUAUUUUGAUGUUCAAUUCUGGGUUUCAGCCACUCGGGAUUUUGAUGUCAAGAAGAUGUUGGAGAAGAUAAUAGCAUGUGGUGCAGGGGAACUGCCUCCCAACCUAUGUGACAAUCAACUGUAUCAUCACUUUCGACAAGCAAUUGGAGGGAAGAAAUUUUUGCUAGUUGUCGAUGACAUUUGGGAUCAUGACAGUCUGAGGCAGAAGUGGAUUGAUCUGAGAGACCUGUUAUCAGCACAUGCAGCUGGUGGGAGUCAGGUUCUCAUUACGACACAUAAUCAUAAAGUUGCCGAAAUCAUGAGUACUGUCAAUCCCUACAUGCUUGGAAAUUUAACAGAAAAUGACUCUUGGCUUCUCUUCCAAAAGAUUGCUUUUACACAGUGGCAGGAGCCGGGUGUGGAAGCAAUUGGGAAGGAAAUUGCUAAAAUGUGUCCAAAAAUGCCCCUUGUUACACAAAGUAUAGGAGGCCUCUUAGCAGGGAAACGUACUAUUCAGGAAUGGCAUGCCUUUAGAGAUGAACAGCUUGCUAAUAAUUUUGCAUCCUAUGGGCGUGACGUUUUGCAUAAGCUUAAAUUAAGCUUCGAUCAAUUGGAUGCAACACAGAAGCUCUGUGUUACUUACUGUGCCUUAUUCCAAAAAGGGGGUUCAUUUCUUAAAGAUGAAAUGAUCCAUCGUUGGAUUGCUUUGGAUUAUAUAAAGCCAAAAUAUGAGAAUCAAAGCUUGGAGGAGGCAGGGGAAGAAUAUAUGAUCAACUUGCAUAAUUGUGGGUUUCUCCAACUAUCUGAUUUUAAUGAUACAAUAUUUACGAUGCAGGAUUUGAUGUAUGAGCUCGUACUCAGACUAGCAGGGUUCAAACACAAGGUGGUAGAUUCAAACACAGAUGAUAUUGAUGAAAGGGUUCGUCAUCUGUCUUUCUGGAAAGCUGCAACAGGCUACAAGAAAGAAUAUUGGGAACUGCCUUCUUCAGUAUCCAAAAUCAAACGCCUAAAAUCAUUAGUCAGAGAUUGGCAGAUCUUAAUCAGCUGAACAAUCUAAGAGGAGAUUUGUAUAUUGAGGUGCGUAGGGAGUCAAAGUAUAUAAUGUCAUCU